GGUUGUCGCGGCUUCCGUUGCGGGCUUUCCUGUGGCUGUGACACAACCAGGCACAGGUCUGCCUUGCCAGGACUCCGUAUUCUGGGAAUCUGUACCUCUCCAGAAGUAGGAAGACAAAAUGACCACAUUCAAGGAGGUGGUGACGUUCAAGGAUGUGGCGGUGGUCUUCACCGAGGAGGAACUGGGGCUGCUGGACCCCUCCCAGAGGAAGCUGUACCGAGACGUGAUGCUAGAGAACUUCAGGAACCUGGUUUCUGUGGGGCAUCAACCAUCCAAACGAGACGGAGUCCACUUGGUAAGAGAAGAAAAGUUUUGGAUGAUGAAGUUAGCAACCCAAAGAAAAGGCAUUUCAGGAUACAAAGUCCAACAUGAGAUGGAGACUAUUGCUAAAGCAGAACCACAUGAAGAAUUUUCAUCCUGGCAAAUCUGGCAACAGAUUGCUAAAGACUUAGCCCGGUAUCAAGACUCCAUGAUAAAGAGUUCUCAAUUCUACAAACAACAUGAUUUCCCUGGCCAGGUUGGGGCAGGACUGCCUAUAACUCACUCAGGCCAGAAAACUUACCAGGGAAAUGGGUGUAAAAAAUUCUUCAGUGAUAUCUCCAACUGUGAUCUUCAACAGUUAAACACGGGAGAGAAGUCUCAUACAUGUCAUGAGUGUGGGAAAUGCUUCUUUUAUAGCUCAGCGCUUCGUAUUCAUCAGAGAGUUCACCUGGGAGAGAAGCAGUAUCGGUGUGAUGAAUGCGGUAAGGAAUUCAGUCAGAGCUCACAUCUGCAAACUCAUCAGAAAGUCCACACCAUAGGGAAGCCAUUCAAAUGUGAAGAAUGUGGGAAAGGCUUCAGUCGUAGAUCAGAACUUAGUAAUCAUUGCAGGUUACACUCAGGAGAGAAACUUUAUAAGUGUAAGGGAUGCGGGAAGGCCUUCAUUAAUGCUUGUCAUCUUCAGGACCAUCAGAGAAUCCACACUGGGGAGAAGCCAUUUAAGUGUGAUAUCUGUGGUAAGAGUUUUCGUCGUAGAUCGGCACUUAAUAGUCAUUGUGUAGUCCACACAGGAGAAAAACCAUACAGAUGUGAGGAUUGUGGGAAGUCCUAUACUUGGCGUUCACGUCUUCGUAUCCAUAAGAAAGUCCACAUGGGACAGAAGCCACACAAAUGUGAGGAAUGCGGAAAGAGCUUCUUUUCUAGAACACAUCUUUAUUACCACCGGAGGUUCCACACAGAGGAGAAACCCUAUCAUUGUAAAGAAUGUGGGAAGAGCUUCAGAUGGGUCUCCCCUCUUUUGACACAUCAGCGAGUCCACAGUGGAGAAAAACCAUUCAAAUGUGAAGAGUGUGGGAAGGGAUUUGGUCAGAAAUCAUGCCUGCAAGCUCAUCAGAAAGUCCACACCAGAGAAAAACCAUACAAAUGUGAGGAGUGUGGGAAGGGCUACAAGACAAGCUUGGAUCUUGAUGUGCACCAGAGUGUGCAUAUGGGAGAGAACCCAUAUACCUGUAGGGCAUGUGGUAAGCACUUCACUAGGACCUCAAAUCUUAAAGUUCAUCAGAGAGUCCACACUGGGGAGAAACCAUACAAAUGUAAUGUGUGUGGUAAGGUCUUCAGUCAAUCUGGACAUCUAAAGUCUCAUCAGAGAGUUCACACAGGGGAGAAACCUUACAAGUGUAAGAUAUGUGGUAAGCAGUUCAGUUCAAGUUCAUAUGUUAAAAUUCAUCACAGAAUCCAUGCUGGUGAUAAAUUUCAUCCAGUCUCAUAGGAAAACAGUAAAGUGAAUGUUUCAUCCAUAGCUGAAUAUAUCUCCGUGAUCUCAAGAUCACACAAAUGGUGCAAUGAGGGCUUUAGUUAAGGCCUUAGCAGUUGAAGUUAUCACUCAAGAAACAGGCUGUUGAAAUCAUCUUUCCUUAAUCACUUAACCAAACUCUAAUGGAUAUUAAAAUUGGUGUCUCUUGGAAUAUAAUCUUCAUAACAAGAAGUUUAUUUGCUGCUGAAUUUAUAUAAUAAACAUGGAGUAGCACUCUGUAUGUGCACUUGGUACUUGUUUGUUAAAUGAAUCAAAGGGAAGAGAGAGAAUUAGGGAUGAUGGCAGAGUAGGAGGACCCUAAGCUUGCCUCCUUUCAUAGAUACAGCUAGACAACACAUCAGUGUAAGUGACCCAGAAAUCGACCUGAAGCCUGGCAUAACAAACUCAUGAGCUAAAGGUAGAGAAGAGGCAAUAUCAAAGAAGGCAGGCAGGGCAAAGAUGCAGUUUGAGAGUGAAACAGAGUGUGUCCAUCUGUGGUUGGGACAGAGCCAGUGGUGGGGAGAAGGCAA